UUUUUUUUUUCUCCUUAUUUUUUUUUUUUUUUUAAAUAGAAGGAUUAAAAUGGUAGAAAAACUUUAUCAAACUUUGGGUCUUACAUCUUCUGCUUCUAUAAAUGAAGUGAAAAAGGCCUAUCGUAAUUUGGCAAAAGAAUAUCAUCCUGAUAAAAAUAAAGAUGGUGCAGAAAAGUUCAAAGAGAUUUCUCAUGCAUACAGCAUUUUAAUUGAUCCAGAAAAGAGAAAAGAAUACAUAUCUAAAGAACAAACAGAAAAUAGAAAUCAUAGUUAUUCAUCAUAUGGAAGUAGGGAUGGAUUUACGUUUUAUAGUCCAUUCGAUUUCUUUUCUGGUUUUAGAUCUACCUAUCAUCAGCGACCACCCAAUUAUAAUAUUUACUCUACAAGUAAAAUAACACUUGAAGAUGUCUAUAAUGGAUCGACAGUUAGAAUGACUUAUCAGGAACCUAUUAUUUGCGAUGAUUGUCAUGGGAAUAGCAAAGAUGCAAAACUUAGAAGGAUAAAAACAUGCGAUAAAUGUCAUGGUAAAGGAACAACAGAGGAGCGAUUUGUGAAUCGAAAGAUGACAGCACCUAUGCCAUGCGUCUAUUGUAAAGGUAGAGGUAAUAUGCGAUAUUUUGUACGAUGUAGUAAAUGCAAUGGAAAACAGUCGAUCAGUAAAGAAAUGAAUGUGAAAGUGCCCAAGGGACUUCAUGAGGGACAUAGUUUACAAGUAAAAGAUAAGGGGAAACUAAAACCAGAUGGGAAGAGUAGAGGUAACGUGAUCUUCAAGAUCACUUUACUUCCUCAUCCAAUCUUUAAACGUCAAGGCGACAAUCUACAUAUGACGGUGACGAUUUCAUUAAAGGAAGCGAUUAUGGGGUUUAAAAAUAAAAAACUAUGUACACAUCUAGAUGGACGUAUCUUGACAGUAACACAAGUUUGCGGAAAUGUAAUUAAACCCAACACACAACGCUUAAUGAAAGGAGAAGGGAUGCCUCUGUUCAAUAGUGAGACAGGGGCUCGAGGUGAUCUUUUAGUGACAUUUCAUGUAAAAUUCCCUGAUACCAUUCAAGUGCCAAGGACACGAGAAGCAAAAGCAGCCAUAAAUGAAUUAUUUGAAACAGAACAACAAAAGAAAGCAAAAGAGAAUGCUAUUGUGAUUGAUGAUGAAGAUGAAACAACAAGUAAGGAACAGACGGAACUUCCUAUAGAAAAUGGAAACACAAAUGCGCCAAUUACAAUUGAAGACGAUGAUAUUGAAGAAGAAGGAGCAGCUUCUUCAACAAAUGAAGCUACAUUAUUAGAAGAAGUUCCACAAGACUAUCAUCAAACCAAUGUAAGGAAGAGUUAGUUAAUAAAAAAAAAGAGGGGGAGAGUAUUAUUAAGAUUAUUUUAUUUAAUAGGGACCAAAUACUGAUGAUAACGAACACUAUGAUUAUAACAGUGGUGAAGAAAUGGAUGAGCUUUAUGAUGAGGAUGAUGGAAUCUUACAUACUGGAUUCCCCAGCUUUUUUAAUAUGUUUUUUUAAAUAAAUAGUGUAUUUAUAUAAUGAAGAAUAAA